AUCCACCCUUGGCACAUGGCCAAGCUGAAGCUGCAUAAAACUAGGCUUAGUUACAGCUCUCAGUCAUACACCUUCCUGACAACAUGAAGACCAGAAGCUUCUUGGUCCAGGUUGUGGUCCUUCUCGUCCUUGGGACACUGGUGGCAGAGGCAGCUAUUGUAAGAGGUCGUCCAAAAAGUCAAGGCAUUAAGAAAGGAAAUGUUGUAGUCAAUGGAAAGGGUCCAAUCAAUGGUCAGUCGCCUGUCAAAGGACAAGACCCAGUGAAAAGUCAAGAUCCAGUGAAAGGUCAAGGUCCAGUGAAAGGUCAAGAUCCAGUCAAAGGUCUAGAUCCAGUCAAAGGACAAGAUCAAGUCAAAGGUCAAGAUCCAGUCAAAGGACAAGAACCAGGCAAAGGACAAGAUCCAGUCAAAGGACAAGAUCCAGUAAGGGGACAAGAUCCAGUCAAAGGACAAGAUCCAGUCAAAGGACAAGAACCAGUCAAAGGUCAAGAUCCAGUCAAAGGACAAGAUCCAGUCAAAGGUCAAGAUCCAGCCAAAGGACAAGAACCAGUAAGGGGACAAGAUCCAGUCAAAGGACAAGAUCCAGUCAAAGGAAAAGAUCCAGUCAAAGGACAAGAACCAGUCAAAGGUCAAGAUCCAGUCAAAGGAAAAGAUCCAGUCAAAGGACAAGAUCCAGUCAAAGGUCAAGAUCCAGUCAAAGGACAAGAUCCAGUCAAAGGUCAAGAUCCAGUCAAAGGACAAGACCGAGCAGGAGGUCCAUUCCUCAUUAAACGUGGCUCCUGCCCCAGGAUCCUGAUCCGGUGCGCCAUGAUGAAUCCCCCUAACAAGUGUCUGAGAGAUGCUCAGUGCCCAGGAGCCAAGAAGUGCUGUGAAGGCUCUUGUGGGAAGACCUGUAUGGAUCCCCGGUGAGGUAGAGUCUUCUUGCUGCACCUGUGAUGUCCCCAGGGAGGGAGGCCCCGGUGCCUGUCGCACGACCCUCUCCCACACUGCCCCUUCUUCCUCUCAUCCAGGAGGCCCAAGCUUGAGCAUGAACUGCCUCCCUCAUGAACUUUCCAAUAAAAGACUGCUUUCAACUCCA